AUGAAAUCAUCAAGUUUUCUCCUACUUGUAAUUGUUUGGAUGGUGAUGGAGUCACGUGCUGAUCUCCCCGGCACGUGGGAGCUACUGGUGGCUGAUGCCGGAAUAGCCUCUAUGCACACCGCCGUCACACGUUUCAACACCGUCGUCCUCCUUGAUCGCACCCAUAUUGGCCCCACCCAUAAACGCCUUACACAACGCCAUUGUCUAAAAGAUCCGGUUCUCAAACGCGAUUGUUACGCCCACUCCGCCCUCUUUGACCUUACUGCCGGAAAAAUUCGACCUCUGAUGAUCCUCACCGACACCUGGUGUUCCUCCGGCCAGUUUCUCUCCGACGGAACGCUCCUCCAAACCGGCGGCGAUGGUGAUGGUGUUAAGAAAAUACGCCGGUUCACCCCUUGUGAACCUACGUCGUUUUGUGAUUGGGAAGAACUUGAAGAUGCUGAAUUAUCACAAGGUAGAUGGUAUUCCACUAACCAAAUACUACCAGAUGGGUCCGUGAUUAUUGUCGGUGGUCGCGCCGCUACUAGUGUUGAGUUUUUUCCGGCGAGACGUCACGGCGGUGCUGUGAAUUUUCCGUUUCUUGCUGAAACGGAGGAUACCCAGAUAGACAAUCUUUACCCCUACCUUCAUCUUCUUCCCGAUGGCCAUCUAUUCGUGUUUGCCAACAACAAAGCUGUAUUAUAUGACUAUAAAAAGAAUGUAGUAUUGAGAAAAUACCCUCAAUUGGACGGUGGCCCACGUAAUUACCCGUCGGCAGGGUCAUCGGUGAUGCUGUCACUGACGGGUGAUUACGCCGCCGCUACCAUCGUCGUUUGUGGCGGAGCACAAUAUGGAGCAUUCAUCGAGAAAAGUAUAGAUACGCCGGCUCACGGUAGCUGCGGUCGGAUCGAAGCAACAAAACCGGAUUCAGUUUGGGAAAUGGAGGAUAUGCCGUUUGGCCGGAUUAUGGGGGAUAUGGUGAUGCUUCCGACCGGCGAAGUGUUGAUCAUAAACGGAGCACAAGCCGGUACUCAAGGGUUUGAAAUGGCGUCUCAACCGUGUUUAUAUCCGCUUUUGUACCGACCGGAUGAACCGGCGGGACUCCGUUUCAUGACAUUGAACCCCGGUUCGGUGCCUAGAAUGUAUCAUUCAACGGCUAAUUUGCUUCCCGACGGGAGAAUUCUGAUCGCCGGAAGUAACCCACAUUAUUUCUACAAUUUCAAUGCUGAAUUUCCUACGGAAUUGAGAAUUGAAGCUUUCUCGCCGGAAUAUCUGUUGCAAGAGAAAGCAAAUAUCCGGCCGACUAUCAUUGAGUUGCCGGAGAAAAUAACUUACGGCGGUGAUUUUGAUAUUCUGGUGACGACAGAGCUUCCGGUGGUGGGAAUAGUGGAGGUAAAUAUUGCGAGUGCCCCCUUUGCCACACAUUCUUUCUCGCAGGGGCAGAGGAUGGUGAAGCUGAGGGUGUCAAGCGCGGUGCCGAAUGGAUUGGGGGCUUAUCGGAUUUCAUGUACGGCUCCGCCGGACGGUAGAGUGGCGCCGCCGGGAUAUUAUAUGGUGUUCGCCGUAAACACGGGGGUGCCAAGUGUUGCAAAAUGGGUGAAACUUCAUUAAUUUACAACUAUAAUUUUGUAACGUUUUUAGCCUUUUCCUAAAACUAUGUUUUUA